GAGCAACAACUGCUAGAAUCAUGCCUGAUCCAGUGAAAGCGCCCAAGAAGGGCUCCAAGAAAGCCGUGAGUAAAGCCACCAAGAGCGGCAAGAAGAGGAGGAGGACCCGCAAGGAGAGCUACGCCAUCUACGUGUACAAGGUGCUGAAGCAGGUCCACCCCGACACCGGCAUCUCCUCCAAGGCCAUGGGCAUCAUGAACUCGUUUGUCAGCGACAUCUUUGAGCGCAUCGCCGGCGAGGCCUCCCGUCUGGCUCACUACAACAAACGCUCCACCAUCACUUCCAGGGAGAUCCAGACCGCCGUCCGCCUGCUGCUGCCCGGGGAGCUGGCCAAGCACGCCGUGUCUGAGGGCACCAAGGCCGUCACCAAGUACACCAGCUCCAAGUAAACUGCUGCUGCUGCUACAACAACAAGACCACAAAGGCUCUUCUAAGAGCCACCCACUUCAUCUGAAGCGCUUUUCCUGUUGACUCAAAUAUGCUGGUGUUUUAUGUUUUUUAUUUAUAUACAGUCUAUAGUUUUAGGACAGCUGUUCUCAAUCUUGGGGUCGCGAGA